AUGCAGGCCCCAGUGAUCUGCUUAACGCAUGGCGGUGGCCCUAUGCCCAUACUCGGCGACCCUGCGCACGUAAACAUCGUACAGUCGUGGCAAACGCGCGUGCGCAAGCUAUUGAAACUCGGCACCCCAUUGGCUCCCAAAGCCAUCAUCUUGGUCACAGCUCACUGGUCCACGAAACAGCCAACCAUCUCCUCGGGCUCAAGCCAUGAGUUGUAUUACGACUACUAUGGGUUUCCGCAGGAGGCCUACUCCGUCAAGUACAAUGCCAGUGGGUCGCCUGCCAUUGCACAGGAAAUUUUCAAUCGAUUAAAAACGGCUGGGUUCUCGCCUGUAUUAGAUGGCUCGCGGGGCUGGGACCACGGCGUCUUUGUACCGUUGAAGAUGAUUAUCCCCGAUGAAUCGAUCCCUGUUGUUCAGAUGUCUGUACUGGACAGCGAAGACCCAGAGGAACAUUUCAAAAUGGGACAGGCUAUUGCUGACCUGCGCAAGGAAAAUGUCGCCAUCAUUGGAUCUGGCUUUGCCACCUUCCAUAACUUAAGAGUUAUGUUUAGUGGCACGUCGAGAACGCCGACCUUCCAUGCGAAUAUGCGCGAAUGGUCUAGCGUACUCAACGAGGCUGUUAUGACGGAUGAUGCGCAAGAGCGAAUAGCCAAACUGAAGCAGUGGCGAAAAUUCCCGCAUGCCUAUACAAUGCAUCCUAACGGUGGGGCAGAGCAUUUUCUACCGCUUAUCGUGUCCGCCGGUGCUGCGGGCUCAGGAAAGGGGGGGUUGUAUGGAGAUGACUACAUGGGCAAUGACAUGUUCUCAUUCUAUUGGGAAUAA